AUGGCCGUAGGCAGUAGAUGGGACGGCCACCGGGAGGUGGUGGAGUACCUGCUGGACCACUGCGGGGCCCAGGUGGACGCUGGCGGCUCGGUCAACUUCGACGGGGAGACCAUCGAAGGGGCGCCCCCGCUCUGGGCAGCCUCGGCCGCCGGACACCUGCCGGUGGUCCGGAGCCUGCUGGAGCGCGGGGCCGGCGUCAACCAGACCACCCUGACCAACUCCACCCCCCUGCGGGCCGCCUGCUUCGACGGCCACCUGGAGAUCGUCCGCUACCUGGUCGGGGAGCGGGGGGCUGACCUGGAGGUGGCCAACCGCCACGGCCACACCUGCCUGAUGAUCUCCUGCUACAAGGGCCACGCCGAGAUCGCCCGCUACCUGCUGGAGCACGGGGCCGACGUCAACCGCCGCAGCGUCAAGGGCAACACCGCCUUGCACGACUGCGCCGAGUCCGGCAGCCUGGAGAUCCUGCGCCUGCUGCUGGCCGCCCGAGCCCGCAUGGAAAAGGACGGCUACGGCAUGACCCCGCUGCUGGCCGCCAGCGUGACCGGCCACACCAACAUUGUGGAGUACCUCAUCGAGGGGGCCCUGGAGGAGGAGCCCGCGGAUGGGCUGGAGGGAGACGGCGAGAGCGACGGCGCAGGGGCCGAGGGGGGCCGGAGCCAGGUUUACUGCACCCGGGAAGCGGCGGUCGAAGCGCUGGAACUCCUGGGAGCCACUUUCGUGGACAAGAAGCGGGACCUCCUGGGAGCUCUCCGGCACUGGCGGAGAGCCAUGGAGCUGCGGCACCAGGGGGGCCAGUAUCUUUCCAAGCCGGAGCCUCGGCAGUUGGUGCUGGCUUACGACUACGCCCGGGAGGUGAAGACCGCGGAGGAGUUGGAGGCCUUGGUCACCGAUCCGGACGAAAUGCGGAUGCAGGCCCUGCUGAUCCGGGAGCGGGUCCUCGGCCCCUCUCACCCGGACACGUCCUACUACAUCCGCUACCGUGGCGCCGUCUACGCCGAUUCGGGCAACUUUGAGCGGUGCAUCAACCUCUGGAAGUACGCCCUGGAGAUGCAGCAAGGCAAUCUGGAGCCCCUGAGCCCAAUGACGGCCAGCAGCUUCCUCUCCUUCGCCGAGCUGUUCUCGUACGUCCUCCAGGACCGCUCGAAGGGCACCCUGGCCACCCAGCUGGGCUUCUCGGACCUCAUGGGCGUCCUCAGUAAAGGCGUCCGCGAAGUGGAGCGGGCCCUCCUGCACCGGAAGGACACGGUGGCUGACAGUGCCCAGUUCACCAAAGCCCUGGCCAUCAUCCUCCACCUGGUCUUCCUCCUGGAGAGGGUGGAGUGCACCCCCGAGCAGGAGCACCAGAAGCGCCAGACCAUCUACCGCUUGCUGAAGUGCAACCCUCGGGGCAAGAAUGGCUUCACCCCGCUGCACAUGGCGGUGGACAGAGACACCACCGCCGUCGGCCGCUACCCGGUGGGGAAGUUCCCCUCCCUCCACGUGGUGAACCUCCUGCUGGAGUGUGGCGCCGACCCCGACAGCCGCGACUACGACAACAACACCCCACUCCACGUGGCCGCCCGCAACAACUGCCCGCUCAUCAUGAGCGCCCUGACAGAGGCCGGGGCCCACAUGGAUGCCACCAACGCCUUCAAGCAGACGGCCUACGAGCUCCUGGACGAGAAGCUUCUCACCAAGGCCAUGAUGCAGCCCUUCAACUACAUCACCUUGCAGUGCCUUGCCGCCCGCGCCCUGGACAAGCACAAGAUCCCCUACAAGGGGUUCAUCCCGGAAGAGCUGGAGGCCUUCAUUGAGCUCCAUUAAGAAGGGGGCAGGAGGGGAGGGACACACGCUUGCUCCCGCACAGCUCUGUUCUCGACACUCGGUGGUCAGGAUCCGGGGAGGGGCAUAGCGUUGCAAAAUCUUAGUCUUCCUCUGCUUUGAAUCUGAAAGCUCUCCUUUGGGGUCUGGACUGAUUUAUACAGCCUCUCUCUUUCCUCUCUCCCCUUGUGACCGGAGGAGCAGAGAUUGCUUUUAAAAAAUAUUGUUUUUAACACUUGUCACGGCCGGCAUCGACACCUUUUAGCCCCCAGUGAGUCCCAGGAUCUCAGCAAGGUCCCUUUCCUUCCACUCGGGGGCUGGACUCGAUGAUCCACAGGGUUUCUUCUAGCUUGGCCGUUCUAAGGUUAGUUUAUUAUUAUUUAUUCCAGCCCAGAGCUUGGAGCAAAACGGGCUCUUGCUGGCUUUUUUAGUCCUCUCAUAAACCCCAUUGGGCACCUCCGGUGCUCUGGGCCACUGUGAAACGAAAAGGCUAGCCCACCCUCAGGGCGGCAGCCAGAGGCUUGACCUCGGGUGACCUCCUCCAAGCGUCAGACUUGCACACACACACACACACACCCCGUGGACAGCCAGAAGGGAGGAGCGCGGGCUGGCCGGUGGGGAAGUGUAGAUUCCCUGCUCGCUGCCUGCUGCCAUCUGUUCUUAAAAACACUGACAGGAGUUCUUCGUUUGAUCGGCUUUUUUUUUUAAAGCUUGCUUUAUAACUGGGGAGCUGCUGAUUUUGCACCCUUGCCUUGCUGCCCUUCCUCUGUCCCAUGGAAAUCUUGAAAUGGCAUUUAGGAUUUCAGGGAAUCUUUGAAAGCGUCUUAAAGUUCCUCUUCUCCUCUCCUUCCCCUCCCCCCAGUUUUUUUCCCCUCUCCAAGCAUGGGCUGCUUGUUCAGCACUGAGCGGGAAGUUAUUUACAUUGCUGCUUGCACCCGGGGCCAAGCGGAGUGCCGUGGGUUGGGGUGGCGUUCUGGGCUUGGAUUUCUGGCUUGGCCCCGUCGCAUCUGCUGAGAUUUCACUGGCUAUAUUUGAAAAAGCUUUGAGUGGUGGCGAUUCUGUUUGUUGGGGCACAGGCAUAUGUUUCAGGCACUGCACUAGCGCUGGCAGAAGUGGCCAAAAAAAACAAAACUAAAAUCCCAAACUUAACAGCUGGGUUUCGUGUGGGAUGGAAAUGGUGCCACCGAUGGGCCCCACCAUAGCCUCACCUCUCUCUCGGAAAGUCCCCCAUUUCCAGGGAGGGGGAUCUGGUGAAACUUGGAGAGAUCAGGACCCUCCAAGGCAUGUGAGUCCCCCUUUCAGGGUUACAGUAGGAACCCCUUAUUCGUGGGAUCAGGAUCCCCUGAUUGAUUCACUUAUCUACGUAUGUUCUGAAAAUAUUAAAUGAAAAAUCCUAGAAAUAUAUCUAAAGAUGUAGUCAUCAGAAUUGUCCACCAGAGGGAACCAGAGACCAUGUUUAUUAUUACAGUAUUGCCUAGAGAAAUACACUUCUGAGAUGUCACUAUCAGAACCGGCCAUUAGAGGAAGACACAGACCAUGCAAUGUACAGUAUAUUUAUUAUUUUAUUUUAUUAGACUUCUAUCCUGCCCAUUUAGAACAUAAACUAGCGUUCACUAUAAUCCACGCUUUUCAGCAUCCACAGGAUGGCUUGGAACCAAUGCCCCACGAAUAUGGGGGUCCUACUGUAUUUUCCCAUCCCUACUUUAUGUGUGGCUUAAACUGGGUCAGCGGCUAUCACAGGGAGAUGAAUCGGGUUGUGUUUGGAAAAGGAUUGGGUGCCUGGAUCCUUUGUGGGCUGCCUUUUUUUUAUUGUUUACUUAUUUAUUAGCAGAAGAGAGCCAGGGCAGGGUCCCCUUUGCUAUUCCAGGCACGAAGGGCUUGCCUCUCGAAUGGAUUUGAUCUUGUGAAUAUUAUGAGGGGGGGAGUGUGGUGUGUGUGUGGUGGCUGGCAACGCUUUGCUGCCAGUGGUUCUUUGGCUUGUGGAUAUGGUGGCAGACCUUGUUUGGGAAGCUGUUCGGAAGGAGUAGGGGAGAACCCUUUUGAGAUUAGGCUGAGUCUCAAGAAAAACUUCCUGACUGUUAGAGCAGUAGGACAAUGUGAGACCCGUGAUCUCAAGGGGGAGGGGGUGAGCGGUCCAGUGCUGGAGGCCUUUAGGAUAAAUUUAGACAACCAGCUGACAGAUCUGCUUUGGUCUGGAUUCCUGCCUUGAGCAGAGGGUUGGACUGGAUGGCGUCUGAGCCCCCCUUCCAACCCCAUGAUUCCAUGAUCCCAGGACAGAGAAGUCGAGGAGAAAAAUGGGUGUGGGAUGGCAUGGUGUCAUGUCCAGUGUUUACUUGUGGCUGAAAUAGAAAUGUAAAGUUUUCCCCCCCAAAAUUCAUUUUUUUCCCUGGGUAGUUUUUUUUUUCCCCAGGGGAAAAAUUGAACUUUUUGGAAAUUUUACACCUCUCAGAUAUCUGAACGGAGCCUGCCAGCUUUAGGGUCUGGUUGAUCCCAGGUGCAUCACUUUCCUCCAGCAAAGGCGAGAGAUAUCCCGAGCCUCAGUGGGCCCGUGGCUUGUGGGGUUUUGCACUGUGGGAUGCAGGUGGUUUCCCCCGAUGGGCUUUUAAGGGCACUUCAGUCUAUAGACAACACAAGGCGGUUGGGAGCAAGCUCUUGGCAGGCCCCGGGUCGCAAACGCGGCAGCCCAGCGCCCCCCGAGCAUCUGUGGCAUGUUUUUUUCUGUGGUUCUUUCAGCCAGCUACGGGGGGGAAAAACCCACCAUCAACCCUCCAUGCAGCCAGUCUGCUGUCUCGACCCCAAGGAGUGGUGUUUUUGCUCUUGGUGGAGUUGGAACGAGAGAGAGGAUACGUUCCAAGUGUUGUAAGAGUCGUCCCAUACCUGUAUUUUUUUUCUCCCCUGGAUUAGGAGAAUAUCUAGAUUUCAGCACAUCUUUUCUUGGGACGUAAGCAUCGCACAGGAACCACAAAACCCUUCUUUCCCUUCCCUCUCUCUCCUCUCUCGGCGGGCUUGGGGGACUUCUGUGGGGUCGGCCCAUUUCGGUCCACGCAGCGUUAGAAGCAAAGGACCCUCCUGACAGUUUGCUUUUUUUCCUGAAGGUUUUCAGGUUGCCGUUGGUUGUUCUCCCCCACCCCCCACCCUGCUUUUCAUUUUCUCAUUUUUGCUUUUUUCGGUUUUGGCUGUCGGGGGGAAUUUAAGUUCCUUUUACAACUUUGAGGGGGGGGGCAGGAAAAAAACAUAAACCACAAGCUGCUGAAACGUGUGAAUAAUUGCAAGCCAGCACUCCUGACUUGAAAUAAAUAAACCCAGAGGUUUUGGGGGGGGAUUAAAAAACAACAAAAUAAAAUAAAGAAAACAAAGUUAU